AUGUACAGGUCUUGUAUUGCCACCACAAAUAUUUGUGUUUUCAAUGGUCAUCUGAUGGAGGACACGAACAUGAUGAACUUUCUGGAAAAGAGCUACCUGUAG